AUGGCCAUGCAUGAUACUCGUAGAGUUACAAUAAGUGUGGCUUUGUUUGUUUUAUUGGGCUUGGUAAUUGGUACAUACGCCUCUAGAUCUCUCUUUGAUACUCACGGAAGUGGAAUUAAAGGUGCAACACAAGAUGGAGCCACAACCCAAACUGUAGUCCGCGAAGAAGGCCGAGGACAAGCCCUUGGUGGCGGUCGCGGUGGCGGCAGCCGUGGUAAAGAUGAAUAUGUAACUAAUGAUAGAAGUGGUGGCAGUAUUUGUGCUUUCUUUGAUACUAAUGGCGCACCCGGCUAUGCUGGUAGAACAAGCGAAAGUGUAGUGGGCGAACGAGGUAUUGCUGGAAGAGUUGGUGGUGGUAUUGGCGAUAGCCGAGGCGGUACUACAGAAGAAGGACUUGGUGUUGAAGGAGAAGACCGCGGUGGCCUCGGCCGCGGUGGUGAGUAUGCUGCUAAAGAUGAAUAUGCAACUAAUGAAAGAGGUGAUGGCACUAUUCAAUAG